CUUUGACCUCCUCAUCCAACAAUGCAACAGAGCACAUUCAUUGUGCAUGUGUGUGCAUAUGUGCAUAUCGCAUGUAUUAAAUAAUGGGUAGAAGAAAACAGCCAAAGAGAAAGCUAUCCAAGCGGCAGAGGGGACAGCGUAUACCGCCCAAGACCCACGACUCAGAGCCCGAGAAAUCAGCGCUACCGAAUGAAGAAGACCGGGAGAGCCUGGCCUGGGACAGUCUAGAUGAGAUACACCUCCCUCCUACCCCCUCGGGCGCAGAGUACCUACCCAGCCCUGACGAGAUGGAGGUCACACGUCGACUAUCGUGUCUUAAUUUCUCAAUGCUACCGUGUCUAGAUCCAGCCGUGAACAGUGAACCAUCCAGCAUAUUGUUGAACGAGAUACGACCAGACCCCAUGGCCAUUGAUGUUGACCUGAACUCCCUAGGGGGGGGUAAUUUCGAUGUGCUCCCUUCGUUAAGCGAUCGAGAAUCUGGUCGCCUGAAGCAAUCAAGGAAACGACCGUCACGACGUAAGCCAAACAAACGUAUGAAGAAAUCUCGUCAUUCAUUGAACAACAGUCGCGAUGGUACGACAUUACCUAAACACGGAGCGUCGCCGAAUCCACUCUGCGUUAGUUUUGUUAGACCUACUCAUAAAGAUCCUCAAUUCUCGAGAGCUAAGUUGUUUCGUCGCCCGAGGCGUUCGAAAUCUCAACAAGAAGAUGACCCACUGUUGUGUUGUUUCAGCGAUACUUCUGUUUUUUGCGACGUUGAUGAAUUUGGCUCUGAGAGAAUGGAUGAUGAUUUUGAUCUAACGCCCCCGAUGGAGCUGUGUGUGGGCGGUGUGAGGGGUGUGGAGGGUGUGGAGGGGGCACUGAAUGAUAGUGACCUUAGUGAGAGUACCACCAGUGAUAGUGGCUGUGAGGGUGAUGACGAGGAGAGCAGUGUGGAGGGACCUCUCUCGCGAGCCAGUCACCUCUCACCCACACUAAGAGAGCAAUCGAGCUCAGAAGAUGAACAAUUCUCUCGAAUCCUACACGGAGCAUAUCCACUCAUGACCCAAGAGGGACAGAAACAGUUCCACAAUCAACUAUAUGCUGAGCUGCCACCAGAGUUUAAACACCCGGGAAGAGUGCGGCUGUCUGGUGGUGGUAGAAGAAAGAAAAGAUGCAAACCCACUCAACCACCUACACUGUUGGAUGUGAAUCAACAGAUUGUCCGGUUUAUUCAAGACUCUGCUCAAAUUGAACUGAAAUUCAAUCUUGUCAGUCGGGCUAUGUGUCGAACUAUAUCGUGCCUUGCAAGUGUGUAUAAUCUAAACUGUUAUAUUGAGCAGAAGAGGCGGUUGCCAGUGGCUAGUCCAUUACUAAGGAAGUCUCCGCUCACAAGACUUGCUUCGAGACAAGAAGUUGAACCAAUCUUACGAAAUCACGGCCGUGAAAGUCCGACUAUGCUAUUGAAGGAUUCUCUAGCGUAUUGUACACCGAUGGACACUAUAGAGACAAUGGCUACUAUUCUGCCACACCCACAUUCAGUGGUGGGUCAGGGAAUUCCCCCUCUGAGCGAGUCCAACCUCGGCAACCAGAUGUUACGCAACAUGGGCUGGACACCAGGUACAGGACUUGGUAUCCGUAGCAACGGAAUACAAGACCCAGUGAGAGCAGAACUACGACCUAAAAAAAGUGGCUUAGGAUACUCAUAGCAAUUCAUGAUCAUGUUCUUGACAUAUGCAUGCAUGCAUCGAUCGAUCAUGUUACACAUGCAUUGUAAUCAAUUAUUAU